GACUAUCAUUAGUGAGAAGUGGCAACGACCUCGUACGCGAAUAAUCAAAGAAGAGAUGAAGAUUUCAUCGAUUUUACAACGUCGUCGUCGUUGUUGUCGUCAUCGUCGUCGUCCAUGUUUACUAUAAACGACGAGGUACAACGACAAGAACAAGUACAAGCCAAUGAAGAAUCUAUGACGUAUCCAGACGAAAGGAUGGUGUCGUUCGAUUAUGCGAAUAUUUCGAAUAGAUUUGAUUCUAACGAGAGACGACUUACUAGAAUGGUAUCAAAUUCAAUGAACACCGUCGAGAUCAUGCCUGAUUAUAAUUUGGAGAAUGUCCUUGGAGGUGGUGCUAUCAUCGCCGAAAAUCCGAUACAAUUUGCUGCAGCCUUGUUGAUGCAAUAUCGAAUACAAGGAACAUUGGGGCCAUUAAAUGUUAUACCUGGUCUGUUCUACAAUCAACAUGAACAAUCUUAUCAAAGUGAGACUUAUCUCGAUGAUCGUACGAACGAUAACAGCGUUAAUGGAUCAAGUACGGCUUACGGGAGCGAGGUCAGCAGUUUCACGGAUACCGAAGAAUUGGAGAGACGUGAUCAGGCUACUGGACAGGACGAUGAACUACAAGUCCUUAUUUAUGAUCCUAGAAUAUCUAUGAUAUUACGAAAGCCUCUGUAUCGUCAGGAUGACGAACCUUCGAUAUAUUGAUUCUCGGCGAUUAUUUCAUUGUAAUUUAAAUCAAACAAUAGAAUUGGAAGAUCUUUUAACCAAAUUAUAAAUAUUAUUUGAAGCAAAUAUCGUUUCAUUCAUAGCAUACAUACAUACAUACA